GCGUUUCUUGGACAUAAUUGGAGUCAAACUGCAAGAACAAAGAGCAGCAUCAACUUACAACAAUAUCAAGAACAAGAACAAACCUUUCACCAACUCCGAAGCCCCAAACUUCCCAACCUAAGCUCCACAAAAAUCAAAUUGACACCAAAAUCAAGAAACACUCGUCAGGAAAAUCUCAUUUCUUUUUCUUUUACUUUUCAGUAACAAAUCAAAGAAAUGAGAUACUAGAAAACCCUCCAGGAUUAUUGUUUCAUUUAUGGAAAGUGAAAAAAAGAUGAGCUUGAGCUCAGAUGCUUUGACCACUACUCUCUCCAACUCAAUACAGGCUUUGGGUCGUGGGUUUGAUGUCACAUCUGAUAUACGGCUUUUGUAUUGCAAGGGAGCUCCUGGGUCCAGGCUGGUGCAUAUUGAUGAAGAGCAUACCAGAGAUAUAGUCAUCUCUGAUGGGGUUUUGUUGCCGAAUGUUUCUAUCGAUAUUGACUGCUCUAAAGACCAUAGGAGCAUUGAAAGAAUUCCUGUUUGCAGCUUCCACGAGAUGGCAGGAAGAUUCAAUGACAAAUCAGGUAUAUCAGGACAUAUUCCGCUUGGAAGCUUUAAUGCCAUGUUCAAUUUCACCGGUUCUUGGCAAGUUGAUGCAACAGCAACAAAAUCCCUUGCAAUGGUUGGGCAUUUCAUUUCUCUUUAUAAUGUUCAAUUAGCAAAAGUGAAUUUAGUCUUGUGUGAGGAAAUCAAGCGUGCUGUUCCAUACUCCUGGGAUCCUGCAUCCUUGGCAAGCUUCAUUGAAAGUUAUGGUACCCAUAUUAUCACAUCCGCUACAAUCGGUGGAAGAGAUGUUGUUUACAUCCGGCAGCACCAAUCAUCUUCUUUGUCAGUGUCAGACAUUGAGAGCUAUGUGGAAGAUAUUGCAGAUCAGAGGUUUCAGGACUCAAAAAGUCAGCCAAGUGCUGGCCCCUUAAAAUACAAGGACAAGGAUGUAACAGUCAUUUUUAGAAGGAGAGGAGGUGAUGAUCUUGAGCAGAGUCAUGCCAAGUGGGCAGAGACCGUGCAGUUGGCACCAGAUGUGAUUAAUAUGACAUUUACACCAAUUGUUUCUCUGCUUGAAGGAGCACCUGGCAUGAAGCAUUUAGCCCGGGCAAUUGAUUUAUACUUGGAGUACAAGCCACCUAUAGAGGACUUGCAGUAUUUCUUGGAUUUUCAAAUUGCUCGAGUUUGGGCUCCAGAACAGAAUAACCUUCAAAGAAAGGAGCCUGUUUGCCAAUCCCUUCAAUUCAGCUUGAUGGGACCCAAGCUCUAUAUCAGCCCAGAUCAGGUAACAGUUGGCCGUAAGCCAGUCACUGGUCUUAGACUUGGCCUCGAAGGCAUUAAGCAAAACAGGCUCUCCAUCCAUUUGCAACAUCUUGUGUCUCUUCCAAAAAUUCUUCAGCCACACUGGGAUGCACACAUAGCCAUAGGUGCGCCCAAGUGGAAAGGUCCUGAAGAGCAAGACAGCCGUUGGUUUGAGCCAAUUAAGUGGAAGAACUUCUCUCAUGUAAGCACAACACCGAUAGAGUGCACUGAUACUUCCAUUGGAGAUCUCUCUGGCGUUCACGUUGUCACUGGUGCUCAGCUUGGUGUUUGGGAUUUUGGAGCCAAAAAUGUGUUGCACCUCAAACUCCUGUUCUCUAAAGUUCCAGGUUGUACAAUAAGACGGUCUGUAUGGGACCAUAGCCCCUCCAAUCCUUAUGCACAGCAACCCAAUGGAGCAUCAUCAUCAAUAUCAAAUGAGAAAACCCCCAGUGAUAAGAAGGAAGAUAGUUCAAGCAAUGUUGGGAAACUGGCAAAAAUCGUUGACGUAAGCGAAAUGUCAAAGGGACCGCAAGAUAUUCCAGGUCAUUGGUUGGUAACAGGAGCCAAGCUUGGGGUGGACAAGGGAAGGAUUGUUUUACGUGUGAAGUACUCCUUAUUGAAUUAUUGAUAAUUGCUUCUAUAUUUUUAGGAUUACCAUUUUUUUUUCCCCACUUGUAUGCAUAGUUCAGGCAUUCUUUGCACAGGAUUCCUAGUUCUUUUGUUUCUCUGUACAUUGAGUUCUUUUUGUUUGUUGGUUUUAGCCCCUAUAGCUGAUAUCUCAUCAUAAAAUAUUGGAGGGUUAUUUUCUUCUGAAUUUGUUUGGAUAUAUUUGUUUAUUAAAAGAGAAGGCUUUCUUGUCCAAUAAUAAUAUUAUUUUAGUCUCUA